AUGGUAUUGAGGAAGAUGAAGGCUCGGGCUCCCCCUCCUCCUGGAAAGGCUGCUACUUUGAAUGUUCAUGGUGAACGGAAACCUAGCAGAGAUUUGGGCCUUAGCCCUCAGCAGAACCUUAUCAACAUGAAGGAAAAUCUGCGGAACAGUAUGGUGGAUAUCACCGUGGUUCUCCCCAGUGGGCUGGAGAAGAAGAGUAUGGUCAGUGGGAGCCAUGCAAUGAUGGACCUACUGGUUGAACUUUGCCUUCAGUACCACCUGAAUCCAUCCCACCAUGCCCUUGAGAUCCGGUCUUUGGAAACCCAACAACCUUUGAGUUUUAAGCCAAAUACUUUGGUUGGGACCCUAAAUGUGCACACCGUGUUUCUGAAAGAAAAAGUUCCUGAAGAGAAGGCUAAGCCUGGGCCACCUAAGGUGCCUGAGAAAUCUGUACGUUUGGUAGUGAAUUACCUGCGAACACAGAAAGCCGUUGUGCGUGUGAGCCCUGAGGUCCCUCUCCAGAAUAUUCUCCCUGUCAUUUGUGCAAAAUGUGAAGUCAGCCCAGAGCAUGUCAUUCUCCUCCGGGAUAACAUUGCUGGGGAGGAGCUGGAACUUUCCAAGUCCCUGAAUGAGUUGGGGAUAAAGGAACUCUACGCAUGGGACAAUAAAAGAGAAACCUUUAGAAAAUCAUCACUUGGCCAUGAUGAAACAGAUAAGGAGAAGAAAAAAUUCCUGGGAUUUUUCAAAGUUAAUAAAAGAAGCAAUAGUAAGGGCUGUCUGACAACGCCAAACUCCCCGUCUGUGAAUUCACGUUCCAUUACGCUGGGUCCAUCCCUCUCACUCAGCAACAUCUCAGGGGUGUCUGUGAAGUCCGAGAUGAAGAAGCGCCGAGCCCCGCCUCCUCCCUCCUUGCCAAGUACAGGGACACCUGUGCAAGAUAGAGCAUCGGAAAAGGUUUCCCUGGGGUCCCAGAUUGAUUUACAGAAAAAGAAGAGGCAGGCACCAGCUCCCCCUCCGCCACAGCCACCACCGCCAAGCCCCCUGGUACCCAGCCGCACGGAGGAGGAAGACCUAGAGGAGAAGAGGAAGAGCACCAUGGGUGUUGGACGGCAGGUGCCACAAAAGCCUCCCCGAGGCAUGGCGCGGGGCCCGCCCCAGUUAGUGCUCCCUCCGCCCCCGCCCUACCCUCCUCCCGACUCGGAUGUGGCAGACCCUCUUGACUUUCCCAGGGAAGGCGCUGGUCAGGAGGCCUCAGACCUGAGACCCAAACUGAGUCUGCCCCUGGGGCCCAGUAGCAAUUGCACAGUGGAUGCCGGCCCGCUGACAAUCUCCGAGGCGGAAGAGACUGCAUCUGUGGGCAGCUGCUUUGCAUCGGAGGACACCACUGAAGACUCCGGAGUGAUGAGCUCCCCUUCAGACAUCGUCUCCCUGGAUUCACAGCAUGACAGUAUGAAGUCCAAAGACAAGUGGACCACAGACCAGGAAGACUGCAGUGACCAGGAUCUAAUGGGAACCCCAGAACUGGGUCCCCAAAGGAGCCCCACAUGGGAGAGGAAUAGCUCUGGCCACUCGCAUCGAAGAACUGAAAAAGCUGCUACAGCCUCCAAUGAUGAUGAACACCUAUUCAUUACUGGACAGUUCCCGAAAACCCGUGCAGAACUUGAUGAAGAAGAAAUGGAAGAGAGUUAUGAAACAGAUACCAGCUCUCUAACCAACUCUUUAAAUGGUGUCUCAAGCCACUUGACACAAGAUGCCAUAAUUACUAGCAGUGAUGCGGAUGCAAUCCCAGUGACAUUCAUAGGGGAAGUUUUAGAUGACCCCCUUGAUCUGGGGCUGUUUUCCAACAGAAACAACAAUGCAGGUUCUUUUGACACGGGAAGUGUUGCCAGCAGAAGAAACCACCUGCCAUCAUUCCAGGCUGAGGACAACCAGCCCCCUGGAAAGAAGAGGGAGGAAGUGCCUGAAUCAUACUCUCCUUGCCAUGACACUAGAAAAGAAACCAGAUUGGCCUUGUCCAACACCUGUAAAGGUGUGAAUUCAAUUGAAAUUGGACCCAAGGUGACGACUUCUGUCUCAAAGUUGCACACGGAUGACCUAAAUACACAAGAAAAAAGCCAGGUGUGUGGCUGGACCUGCAGUGAAAGGACUGGACUUGCUACCCAGAGAGGGAACUCACAGCCAUCAAGUGAAAAGGAAGGCAAUGAUAAAAAUGAGGUCCUGGCACCGCCAUCACGGUAUCAACAAGGCCAAAACACAGGGGGAAGUUAUGGACUUAAAUAUGGCCUCACAACGUAUAAAAUUGUUCCUCCAAAAUCAGAGAUGAGGUGUUACAACCGAGAAGUAUCCCUCUCAACAGGUGCCAUUAAGAUUGACGAGCUAGGGAAUAUGGUGAAUCCCCACGUGAAUGGGAGCAGGACCAUAUCUUUGUCAUCAUCCAUUCUUGAAACAGAAGGUCAAUCCGUUAGAAAAGUAAAAGAAUUCUGGAGGUCCAAGUCCGUGGAAAAGCAUUCCAGUGUGCCCACAGAGAGCUCAGUGAAAAGGACUGGCACUACCGUGCCAUCUAACCCCCAGAAUCCAGAAAGCAGACUCAGAGCUCAUCCCACAUCCCCAGGCCCCACAUUGGCGUUGCCCCAGCAGCAGCCUUCCCCCCAAGAAGAUGGGAGGCAUCUGGAGGAAAGGAGUGGCCAGUCACACAUAGCCAUCACUGGUCAGGCAAAAGGGCCAGCAGCUACCACCACAGAAGUCUCUUUUCUCAAGCCCCAGAGAAGAACAUCCAGCCAGUACGUGGCCUCCGCUAUCGCCAAGCGGAUAGGACCCCAAACAGUCCAUACUGACUUGAUGAUGAAGCACAGUGAUGCUAAGAGGAGUUAUGAAGGCAAAGCGCCAAAGUCAGCUGGACGACAUCUUGCUACAGAAGAAGAUACAACCCCCAGCCCAUACUCAGAGACACCACUAUGUAAAGAUGAUGCAAAACAGCCCUGCUUCAACCUCCCCAACAGUAACGGGGUAGAAUCAGCAGUGGGCGCCCAUCCAACAUCAGAGAUCAGUAGCCCCUAUGGAAAGUUAUCUGCUCAAAACUGUCCUGCUGGUAUCCCAAGAAGCUCCUAUGUCCCACUAAUCAAAUCUUCCCAGAGGGAUCAUGUUUCUGUGGGACAGAGCUGUGGCUUCAGUGGAAAGCAAAGUCCAGGGAACCAGAAGACCAGCUCAGCAUCUGAACCACAGUGCACGCUGGACAGUACAGACAGCCCCCCUUCUCACUCAGCAGAUGAGCAAGCCUCCACCAGGGUUUUGGUGAAUGGCUCGAGGUGGCCUCCAGUCAGCAGCAAACCUCACUCUCUGAAAGUGUCCACCAUGAACAGCCACAAGUCUCCAGAAAUGGAGCAGAAACCCAGUACAUUAUCUACAGAUGAUACACACGAAACAGAGGGUACUUUGACGUCCAGCAUUUUCGGGCCAAAGAAAAAAUUCAAGCCUGUCAUCCAGAGGCCGGCGCCAAAAGACACGUCCCUGCACAGCACUCUGAUGGAAGCCAUCCAUUCAGCAGGAGGGAAGGAGAAGCUGCGGAAGACUGCAGAGCACACCUCAGAGAGAGGGCCAAAGAAGCCGUUCUACACGGAGGCAGAGGGCGAGCGGUCAGCACUGCUGGCGGCCAUCCGCGGACACAGUGGUGCCUGCAGCCUGAAGAAGGUGUCAUCCUUUGCCUCUGAGGAGCUCCGAACCCUCCGAGAUGCUGAAUUCUCCGCACAUGGGUCACAAAUCCCUCAGCAAGACAGCCUGUGUGUACCACCCCCACCACCGCCCUCGCCUCCUGCUGCCCCAGUGCCCCCCGCACCCAGGACAGCCUCCAGGUUCAGCACAGGCACCCUCAACAAUCCUGUGGAUGCCAGGCAAGCCCUGAUGGAUGCCAUUCGCUCCGGCACGGGGGCUGCAAGAUUGAGAAAGCAAGCAUCGCCUGCAAGCCUGCCAGGAUCCAGGCAUGUGGAAGCCACUUACGAGAGGAAGAUGAAUGAAGCCUUGUCUGUGCCCUCAGAGAGUUCUCAGCCAAGAAAAGAGAGAGGGCAGCCUUUCUCCCAGAACACUGAGAGCAUGGAGGAUGUGAAGGAUCCAGAGGUGGAUAUGGAGGAGGAGAAAGGUUGUCCAGCUGAGUGCACUCCCUCCCCUUCGAUCAUUUGGCUCAUAAAGGAAGAGAUCGACAUUACAACAAAUUAUUCUUUGUAA